AUGAAUAAGGGCGCCAAACUUCGAUGUCCAAUCACCACGCAUGUGCACGAGAAAAGGCGUUACUACACUGUUUAUAUCAAAGGAGAGACUACAUUCAACAUUGACUUGGGUAUAGUCACAUGUCAUGAUUUGAAGUUGAAGAUUAAUGCUUCAGUUGGUAAUGAUUUGGAUAAGAAGGUUUACUAUGCUGACUUAGGGACCACCUCUAUGAUUGCUUUUCCAAUUGACAUAGUCCAUGACAAUACUCACUAUUUAUAUAAAAUUAAUACAGUGUCAAAGUUUAAGCUGAAUGUGAAACGUGUAGAUGGACGGCCUCUGACUGAAGAAGACAGAAAGAACCCUUUGAAAAUGUCCAUUAACAUUAAGGGCUUCAGUUAUAAUUUAUCUGCUGAGAUCCCUGAAAAUGGCAUCGUUGAAUUUGCAUUUACUCCACCAAAUGCUAGAAAUUUGCGAUCGCAGGUUAUUUUCAACGGUGAAUAUGAAUCAGAGAAGUAUGAGAUGCAAAAGGUAGUUUACUUAAUACAACGAUACUCAAGCAGUGAGCCUCUCCUGACCAGAAUAGAUGAUGAGACCAGUAAACCGGAAUUCUUGGUGAUUUUUCCUGCGCCAGUAACCACAUUUUUCUACACUGUUGUGAGCUGUUACAAAGUCCUCAUCUCGAAAGAUGUCCAACAAGAUGCUGCGAAAAGUGCUACAAUUUCAUUUGAUACCGAUGGAAUGAUUCAAAAGGCCUAUGUAGUGGUUGGUUAUGGUCUUCAUGACGGUUUUCUGACUACUGCAUCAGCUACAGUUGAUGUGAAAAGACCUACAAGUGUAUCAGUAAGUUGGUGUACAUUAUUGUCUGUAUACAUACAUUGGCGGAGGCGCAAUGGCCUAGUGGUUAGGGCAGCAGACUCGCGGACAUAGGAUCGCGGUUUAGAU